AUGCCCCCGCGGCGCGCGGGCCGCUCCGUCCACUGGGCCUGGUUCCGCCGCUCCUCCCGCGGGGCGCGGCGGCGGCGACCCGGCCGGGAGCUCGGGGCUGUGGGCUCCACGGCGCGGCCCCGCCCGGCCCUGCCCGCCUCCAGCCAGCGAGGAGGAGACGGAGGAGGGAGAGGGGAGGAGGGGGAGAGGGAGGAGGGGAAAGCGGGCGAGGACGCGAGGCGAGGAGGGCGGGGCGGGCCGGGGGCGGACCACCAGCCGGGAGGGGGCGCGGAGGGGGCGCUCGGCCGGCGCGGGGGUAAAGUUUCCCUCGUCCUCCCCGGGGCGGGGGACGAGCCCGAGCCAGGGGUGGGGGCCCGUAGUCACUGCGUACGACUGGGGGAUCCUGGCGCCGGGCUGGUUUUCGGAGCGCGACACACUGACCUCCACCCCCGUCCCCAGUCCUGGCGCCCCACCGCCUGCCAGGAUGGGGACCGCGCACCCGGGGGCCGGCCCGCACGCGCCUGGUUAACUCCAUCAGCCCCGCCCCGCUCCGCAGUUGGGAAAUCACUAGCCCCUCGUCGACUUCCCCCGGGAGGCGUUCCGGAAAGACCACCCUCUACCGGCCCGUCCCCCGCGGACCGGAAAGCGUCCUGGGGGGAGCCCAGGCGUCGCGGCCGCCCUCCCGGGGAGAGAACCCUACAGCCCCCGCCCCGGGCGCAGCGGCUCUGCGGCGUCCGCUCCGGCCUGGAAGGCGCGCGGGGACCCGAGGGGCGGCGGCGGAGGGUCUCGGCCCGGGCGGCUGGAGAACCAAGCGCCCAGCGGCGCGGGCGGACGCCUCAUGUCCGCCGCAACUGGGAUGCCUGGCGCGACCGUGCUCGUGAGGGGAGGGCUGCGCAGAAACGCACCCGCGGCCUUCCCGGCGCGCCGGGUUUCCAGAGCCCCCACGCGGGGACCUCGGGCCGGGGUGGCAGCGGAGAAGACGCUGCAGACUUCACUGAGCUCCCCGGCCUAGUGCGCGCCCUUGAAGGGGCAGAACGGGCCCUGGGCCUGGAGCUCUUCAAAGGGGCGGAAGGGGUAUCUGGCACCUCUGGGUCCUCGGGCCCUUUGGCCGUGGGGGAGCUGCUGCUGACCGCGCUGCCUCCUGCCUCAUCUGUUCUGCCCGCUGACCUGCCCGGGCCCACAGCAGCCACUGACGGUGCCUGUGAGCGUCCGCCCGGGGGCACCUGUGCUCCUGCUCUCACCCACAUCCGUGGCCUCAGGCCCCUACAGAGACCCCUUCUGCCGCUCCCCCGUGUGGUGAGCCGGACUGUGCCCGGUCACGCCCUCCCUGGCAGGGGCACUGUUGCAAAGAUCCCCUCUUCAGGACGACAGCCUGAGAGGGACCCAGGCCCCGUGCUGGCAGACACCAGCCAAGGGGCGGGGGUCACCAUGGGAGGACCAGCCGGGAAGAGCCUCGCGUCUAAAGACCGAGGCCACCCCAAGGCGCUUGCCUCAGAGACGCUGGAGGCUGAGCUCACCCGGCCAGGGCCUGUGGAUCCUUACCGCCCACCUCAGGAUCUGGGGGACACGCCACUUGCUACUAGCCCCGGGAACACCAACUACACCCCAGACCUCACAGGGGCCAAGCUGCGGGAGGAGCCGUGGGGAAGGGCCUGUCUCCAGAGUGAGGGGCUGCCCGGCCCGUGGUGGCUCAUUGGGCAUUUCCUGUCCACCACCAUGGCUGCCCAUGGCGACCGCGAGAUUGCCUGGAUGACCAGUGUGGCACCACCAGCCAUCUGGCCCGAUGGAAGAGUGGCCGUACACAGACACGAGCACGGUGUCCGCGGAGACACGCCGGGGAGGGAGCUGUGGGGGCCUGGCCUGUACGGCCUGUAUGGCCAUGGACCCCAUGCUGAGGGGCGCCUGGUGACUACACAGGCUCGGUGCAGCCGUGGCGAGUGUGAAAACCCUCCGGACGGCGGCGACGGCCCCAGCAACGGAGGGCGAGUGACCCGUGGCUCAUCCCUGCACGGGUGCCGCAGCGAGGACGCCCAGCUGGAGGCGGGCGCGUUCGGAGGGCGGGUGACUUUCCCGGCCAGCAUCCUGGACUCGGGACUGGUGCGGACCCAGGGGUGGGGGGAGGCGGUGCUGACCAGCAGCAGCUCUCUGGAAGACGGCCCAUCCUGCACGCCUGCCGUGCAGGGACAGCGGGGACAGGGACCGAGGGACAAGGAUAAGCCGCACUCAAGGGGACAGCCGUACCUCCUGCCGCCGCAGGCACAGGCCGUGGCGCCCUCCCCACUAAGCCUCAAGGCCCCGGCCCUCCACAGCAGCCGCCCUCACCGGCGCCCUGUGCCUCCCCCCCACUGCCGGGGGCCUGUCCUACGCGGUCACCCCCGCAGCACCCGCGCCAACGGUCUCACAGUGGGCACGGCCGGCCGGGCUGCCCCUCGUUAG